GUGAGAACAUGGAUCUUGCCGUGCGUCGUCACAGUAUUGAUUCAUCUAUUUUCAAGCAGUAGAAAUCGGCUGGUAGCUUUGUUGCGUGGGUGUAUUGUGCGAAGCGAGUUGUGAAAGCUGGAUAAACUAGAGCAGUUUGCGAAACUUUCCAAGAUGGAUCGAAAAGCGGAGCUAGAGCGGAAAAAGGCCAAACUCCAGGCUCUUCGAGAGGAAAAAGAUCGAAGACGAAAGGAGAAAGAGCAAAAAGACCUCGAGGAAGCGUCUGGAAAACUAGGUCUUACAGAAACCAACACAAGAAAAGAUUUGGAUGAAAUGCUGUCGUCACUCGGUGUUGCACCGGUAUCGGAAGUCCUUUCAUCUUUAUCUUCAGUAAAUUCUGCCACUUCUGACCAUUCUGCAACACACACUCCCGACACGAGCCUGCAACCCACUGUCAAUGGUUAUAGAAAGAAGCCGGUUAGCCUGUGUCUGGUGUCCGUACAAGCUACUAACAUUCCACCAAAAGAGACAGUUGUUUACUCCAAACAAACGCAAACCAACAGCUCUGGCGGCCACGAGCGCGACGUGUUUUCUUGCCAUUCCUCGCCUUUAUCAGGAUAUAUGGAGGAUUGGUGGAGACCUCGCAAAGCUCAUGCAACAGAUUACUACGAUGAAUACAAUCUUAACCCCGGUUUAGAAUGGGAGGAUGAGUUUACAGGUGAUGAUGAGGAAAACUCCUUGACUCACAUCGACCAUGGGUUUCAUUCGAAGCUGCCCCCUGGCAUUCUGCCACACGGUUUACCAACGGUGAAGGAGGUGGCCCCGGCCAUAACACCCCAAGAGCAGAAGAAGGAAGACCUAAAGGAAGUGAAAGAACUUUCUACCGAACAAAAGCAAAUGAUUAUCUUGUCGGAGGAUUUCCAACGAUUUAUCCUGCGUGCAGGAAAAGUUAUGGAACGGGCUCUGUCCGAGACGGCUGACAUCUACACGGACUAUAUCGGAGGCAGUGAUGCAGACGAUAUUAACGACGAAAAGUCUCAAGCGCGUCUGUCCCUUAACCGUACAUUCUUCUGUGAUCGCUGGGCAAAAAAUCGAUGCGUCACCUCAUUCGACUGGUCAACGCACUAUCCAGAGCUAAUGGUCGCUUCGUAUCACAGCAAUGAGGAGUGUCCGAACGAACCAGACGGCGUGGUGACUGUGUGGAACACUAAGUUCAAAAAACAAUCACCCGAGGAAGUGUUCCACUGUCAAAGCGCCGUGAUAUCGACCUGCUUUGCGAAGUUUCACCCCAAUCUAAUUCUUGGAGGCACCUACUCUGGACAGAUAGUACUGUGGGACAACCGGGUGCAGAAACGCACGCCUAUCCAAAGAACGCCGCUUAGCGCCAAUGCGCAUACGCAACCUGUUUAUUGUCUAUCGAUGGUUGGUACGCAGAACGCCCAUAACGUUAUCUCUAUAAGCUCCGACGGCAAGCUUUGCUCGUGGAGUCUAGACAUGCUUUCUCAGCCACAGGACGUGCUCGAAUUGCAACAUCGUCAGUCAAAGGCAAUUUCGGUGACUUGUAUGGCAUUCCCACACAACGAGGUUAAUAACUUCGUACUGGGCAGCGAAGAUGGCUACGUCUAUUCAGCAAUUCGCCAUGGUAAUCGAUCCGGCAUUGGGGAAACUUACGAGAAGCAUCUCGGUCCCGUAACUGGCAUCUCGGCUCACCACAACCAGUCAUCUCCCGAUUUCGGCCAUCUCUUCUUAACUUCCUCUAUUGACUGGACGAUCAAACUGUGGAGCUUGAAGGACAACCGACCAUUGUACUCCUUCGAAGACAACUCGGACUACGUGAUGGAUGUGGCUUGGUCACCAACCCACCCUGCUUUGUUCGCCGGCGUGGAUGGAAGUGGGAGGCUCGAUCUGUGGAACCUUAACCAGGAUACAGAAGUACCGACGGCGUCGGUGAUUGUUGACGGACAACCGGCCCUGAACAGGGUAUCGUGGACGCCGUCUGGGUUGCAUGUGACGGUUGGUGAUGAAAAUGGUCGCAUUUACGUGUACGAUGUGGCCGACAAUCUGGCGAAUCCGCGCAUGGAUGAAUGGAAUAAGCUGAACGCGGUACUGUAUGAUCUGAAAAUCAACCAGACGGAUGAUUUUGAUGAGAUGGACAAAAAGUCACCGGUGCCGCAAAACACGUCUCUUACGUCGCUAGCCGCUAGCGCGCCACUCAUAUGAAACGCAGUGCGGCACUAUUGAACAGUCAGUCAGCAGUGGUCGGGGGGGAAGCGCUCAGUCAAGAAUUCCUUUGGAAGCCCACGAGCAGUGGAUUUAUGCAUCAACGAUACUCAACGAUCAACGAUCUAUGGGAUGGUAGAAAUAAUAACCUAAGUGCUUAUUAACAUCCCUUAUCUAUUAAUGUCAGACAGGAUUAUUCAAAAAUAUUUUUGAACACCUUCGUGACAAAAACACUAGUAAUAUGCUGCGCAGCUUAAAACAUAUUUAUUUAUCGUGCUUCUUCCCAACAAUGGAAUAUGUGAUUUGCCAAUGUGAAAAAAUCAAACGGUUACUAGCAACUACUUGAGCAUAGUUUAUACGCUCUAUUUGUCGUGUUAUUGAGAACUAAUAUUAAUAAAAAAAUGUACUACUACUAUAAUAGAAGCUGACGCUUUCUUUACAUCGACAUGCAGCAUUUACGUACUCUAUAUUCAUUCGUUCGCAUUCAUUCAUUCAUUCACAUUAUUGUGUGGUUACCAUCAUGGAAUGCCCAAGAGUGCCGCUUAUCGUGUUGUAUUAGACUCAAUGUCCAGUAAAAAUGAACAAUUCGUUCAAUUUCGUGUAAUCUAUAGAA